UGUCAAACUGCGCAUGUCUCUGAAGUCUUGCCAACAUGGCAGACGAUGUAGACCGAAAAGAGAAAGUUGCAGCCGGUUUAAAAAAGUUGAAGCAGUUUCAGCGAAGAUCUGCCACUAAAAAGGCCACGAAGCGUCAUUCUUCCGGAGAUUGGCAGCCGGAAAUCUCUGGGCAAGAAGAGGUUGCAGUGCAAGAAACCGAAAAAGCAGCUAAGGAGAGUUGUGCCACUCGGGUUCCACAGCCACCGGAAUUCCACCCAUUGGCCGCAAGGUCCUGCGAGGAUUUGACGCAGCUAAGGGACGAAUGUAAAUCGGCAGCAAACGUGCUGUCACCUUCGGAAAGCUUGAGACAGAUUACGCUUCAGAUCCACGGUCUGAUGAACAACACGAGUGCGGCCCUUAAUGGGGACGUGUCCGCCCUCACCGAAGGGUCGGCGACUCACGAGUCCCUGCUGCUCAGGAAUCGUGAACUGGCUUCCAACCUGAGUGCACUUAGGCACGAGAAAGACCAACUAGAAUUUCAAGUUCAACAGUUGAAGGCGAAACUAACACGUCAGCAGAAUGAAUUUGAGCGACAGCUGGAAGAACGUCAUGAGCAGACGAGACGAGAGCAAGGCGCCGUGAGUGAUCAGCUGCAGGUGCACAUCCAGACCAUUGGUAUCCUGGUAGCCGAAAAAACGGAGUUACAGUCUGCCCUCAAUCAGAUGCAGCAGACGGCGAAGCAGAAAGCAGUGGAGACAGAAGAGCUGCAGGGCCGGCUCAAGGCCCUACGAGAACGGAACGCAGACAUGGAACGUCGGCUUUCUUCUGUGUCCAAUCAUAGCCAAGCGCAGGAGAAGAGUACCAAAGAACACAUCAAGGAAAUCGAUAGGUUGAAAAUGGACCACUACAGGUCAAGUAAAGCAAUGGAGGAACUAAAACAAAAGGUGGACGAACUGACAAACAAGCUUGAAGAAAAGGUGAAAGCGAACGAGGACAUGCAACAAGAAUUGACAGAGGCUAAGAAGCAGCUCUCCCUCACCCAGCUGUAUGCCAAGCAGCUCAGUGGUAGGGACCCCGAAGACACACGGGACCGUCUCGAACAGCUACACAAUGAAAAGCUCCUCCUGGAGAAGAAAGUUGACGAAUACAGGGAUGCAUUGGAAAAAAUGUCUUUGGAAAAACAGCAGCUGUCUGCUCAGUACCAGUCAUUUGCAGAUCGUCUGUCGCAACAGGCUGACGGGCACAGGGCAAGAGUAGAACAGCUAAUAGGUGAAAAAGAAGCUUUGGAGAAGACAGUAGCUGAGCUUGAAAGCAAAGAGCAAGUCUGCAUGCCUGCACCACAAGAUGAAGAACUCGUGCAGAAACUGGUGCAGUACGAACAGGAGCUUGCAAACGUGAAGAGUCUGUAUGAUGCGCAGGUACAGGACAACCAGCAGAUGAGUGCCCUUCUUGCGGAACGAGAAGCUCAAGCAGAAGCUCUGGAAGUGCAACUGAAGAGGAUACAAGAUGACCACGUUGAAAGCUCAACUCUUCUGGAAGCCCUGCAGAGCGACAAGGUGGCAGCGAGCAGGGCCCUCACUCAGAACCGUGAGCUCAAGCGGCAGCUUGAGGAGUUGCAAGACACCUUCGUCAAGUUGAGCAAUGACAAACUGGAACUGACUGAACAACUCCAAAAAGAGCAACAUGUGACCAAAGAACUGGGCGAACGACUAGGACAGCAAGAGGAAGAGAUGCGGGAUCUCAGGGACCAGCUGGCUGCAAAGGAAGGCAAGGUACACGACCUCGAGGAGCAGACGACAAAGGAGAUGUACCAGCAGAGCCAGCUGGCUGACCGGGUGCGUCACUACCAAGCGCAGUGCCAGCUGACGGACAUCCUUCAGCAAGAACUGUCCCAGGCGCAGGAGAGGAUCAACGCCUUGGUCACCCAGAAUUCUGACCUGCGGAAAGCUCUGGCAGACAGAGCACAGCUAGCAGUAGACGUGAAUGAGAAAGAUACUGGAAAAGUACAUGAUCUGGUUGCCUCGCUGUCAGCUUCUGUUCAACAGCUGGAGUUGGAACGAAACCAACUGAUGCAUCAGAUGGAUGAACAGAAGGUGCAGAGGGAGGCCCUUCAGGGACAGCUUCAAGAAUUCCAGAAAGUAGAAGAUAUUGCAAAUUAUGAAGGCGAAGAAGUCUCGAAAGAAGCCUUCCUGAAAUUAAAAGUGGCGAUGCAGAGGCUAGAAGAGCGUUUCAAGAAGACCAUGGACCAGAUUGCCGACCUCACCGACCAGAAACAGCAACUCGAACACUUGGUCACGCAGCUACAAGGGGAGACUGACACAAUCGCGGACUACAUAGCCCUGUACCAGGUACAACGCGGCAUCAUGCGGAAGAGGGCUGCGGAGAAGGACGACUACAUAUCGCAGUUGGCAAAGGACAGGGAGGAGCUCAAAGCCAAACUGGCAGAACUGCAGUGUCUCAUCGUACGCCUGCUGGAUGAAAGGCAGCAGCUGGAGAAUGCAUCUCAACCCCUCCCAGGCAGGGCACUCACGGUGUCCACACUUUCAGAAGCAGCGUCGGCCAUGAGCAGAAAAUCGCACACAAAGGACAGCGGCGACACGGCUGCCAUCGUGAACGGGGAGCCGCAGUCCCAACAGAACGAAGAAACGGCGCAGAAGAUAAUGACCCUGCUGUCCGAAAUCGGCACGUCGACGGUGGUCGACGGGUCUCCCGUCCCAGACACGUUCCACCCGUGCCCAGUCUGCUCGGGACGACUGCUGACCGUAUAGCCCCUGCCGGACCAGCGGAGGGUUUCGUUUCACUUCAGCCUAGUCGGUACCUUGAAUCAUUCCAAGGGCAUUGAGCGCCAGUGCGUCGCUCCAUGCAAGAGUGCCUUGUUUUUACGUUUUGGACUGGCCGCGUGGUCCCGGGGCAAUUUGUUUGGUAGCAAUUUGUGCAAGAGUGAUGAAACAUGUGAUGCGCAACGGUUCUAGGCUCUACAGGUUUUCCCGGCGAUUUUAAUCCAAGUGCCAGCUAAAUUAAUCCGUGCCCCAUAAAGUUUGCAUGGCACGUGGAUUAAUUUAGCUCGCACUUGGAUUAAAAUCGGCGGGAAAACCUGUAGAACGUUGGAACCUUGGCUUGAUCCACGGAGCGAUUGUUUUGAAAGUGCAACAUUUAACUGCGGACUCGAGGGGGUACUUCUUUUUGCGACUUGUAUCAUAAAAGUAUGAGCCCAUUUUGCUGGAUUAAGCACAUUUUCCGUCUUUACUAUGUACACUACUUCUUUUCGGAGCAGUGCAGAAGAAAGUUGCAGUUUUGGGCUCGCUGCACAGAGUCUACCGCCUGCAAUAUUUUUUUCAGAUUAGCAACGGCGAAAGCGGUAGAACAGAGUGUCGCUCACUGCAUUGAGUACGAUUGUAGUAUAUGCACUACUCGAGCAUUAACUGGGUUAUACCCUUCUGGUUGGUUACAUCAAGGGCGUUGUCCAUGUUGGUAUUCCUUGACAUUAUUCCUGCAUCAGCACGAUCGCCGUUCCAUUCCGAAAGCAGAAUAUCAUGCGGAUGAUGCCAUAGGGUAACGAUUGCUCAGCAGUAGUAAUGUGCAACAGCUAGGUCAAACAGAUAUCUCUAUUUUUGUCAAGGCAGUAUAUUACGUAGCUGCAGGGCUGGUAUGUUUUGCUGUGUACUAAAGUGUUUGUGCAAUGUCAUAUCAAAGCUGAAUGCACCUCAGUACCCUCGCUGGUACAUAGGAGCAAGUUUUUCUCAACACCAUGCCCUAUAGCCCACUUCUUUCCUCCGUAACAGAUUUUUUUCUUUAGUCUUAUUUCAUUAUGUAUAUUUGUGGAAGUCUUCUAGAAGCACCAUGUUGCAUAUUAACCCCCCUUUUGAGUUUUUCAACUUUUUCGAAAAUGUGAGCCUAAAUUUCAACUUUGUGCCAAGUUUAGAAUCGUUUUCCCUUGUGCUGACCCCGUUGAGUGUACGACCCUUUUCAGUAACGUUAUCUAAUAUACCGAAAUACACAGCAAAAUGUGGUCAAGCUUAGUUGUAAAAUGUAAUAUAUAUGUACUAGAAGAAAAUAUAUCCGACAUUGUGCACCUUUCAAUACUUUGUUCUCCUAGGUGUAGUUAACUAUCCGAUUUGCAAUGUAUUCAGUUAUAAUAAAAGAUGACUACAACCAACACUUGGCAACAAUAUGUUCCGUGCUGCCACUCUUGCGAUGAAAUAGCAACAUCCCCAAUUCAAACAAACUCAUGAAAGCUAUUAAAGCAAUGCUGGGAUGUUUGUACCACACACUAUUUGCAUGAAACAUAUUGUGCUCUUUGGGUGACAAACUCCUGCGCUAUGGCAAUGCAGCUUGCUUUUGUUGACGUGGGGAAGGGAUGAUUUUACGGAAAGGUGCGCGUGAUGUUGCACGCGUAAAAGAAGACACAAGAUCUGUAACGUAGCUUUUAAUGCACCUCGAAAUGUAUAAGGUUGCACAAUCGCAAUCUAUUAAUAUGUCGUACAGGGAUGGCAGUUUGUUUUCAACGUCUGCAAUGCACAUACUGCAGGAACCUGGGACCACAAAAGGUAUAAGCAAUCAACAGGUUACAAAUAUGUACACUACAUAUAGUAUAAUAUUAAAUAUUAGAAGCAUCAAUGUACAUGAUUGAUUUUACCAGCUGCUGACUGGAAAGUUUCAUUAAAAACCUUUAUUUGCAUU